AUGACAGAGUUUUGUCGCCUUGAUAAACUCCUUCCAUGGAAGAACUCGAGCAUAAGAGUCAAAGUUUACAGAAGGAGAGAAACAGAGGAUUCCGAAGGAAAUCCGGCGAUGGAUUUCAUCCUUGCUGAUAAAUAUGGGAAAAAGAUACAUGCAACUGUAAGCCACCAGUACUUUCAUCGUUUCAAGAGAGAUUUACCAGAAGAUGAAUGGAGAGAAAUCACAAAUGUUCAUGUAAGUGAUCGGAACUGGAAUCACCCAACACACAUGCUAGCGCGACACCAGUAUAUGAUCACUCUAGAUGGACCAACUGGAGUACGGCCUAUUCCUUCACUCAGGGAUAGUCACAUGUUUGAUUUCACGGAUUUCAAUCAAGUGAUAACCAGAGUUGUCGAUGCUGCAUAUCCCAUUGAUCUGACUGGAGUAGUUGGAUACAUUGGCAAACUUCAGCCAACUGAACUAGACAAUGAGGAAAAGACAUGUAUCCCGUUCCAUCUAAAGGAUCACCGGAACCAGGAAAUUUACUGUGUUGCUUACGGACAAUUGGCUCCGGAUUUUAACAUCCAACGUAGAUCCUUUACUCAAGCCGAUACCGUUAUUUGCGUCCUGAGUGAAUGGAGAGUCACAUUUCACAAUGGGGAGGUUCUGGUCACUGGUGAAGGAGGGUUAGCUAGGAUUUUCAUCAAUCCAUGGAUCGAGGAACGGGAUGUUAUGCGCCAUAGAUUUCUACAUCCUGACGUUGAAGAACCACAAGACAACAAUUCAGUCGCUGGAUCCUCUUCUGCUGUCAUAUGCUGA